UUACAUUUCGAGAACAUUACGUGCAGCGAUGCUUGUGGUCAAGGUGGUGAAAUUGAAUACAUGUGUGCAGUGAAAAUUGGAGACAGUUGGGUGACAGAUUCUGCGAAACUAGAAUUUCAAACGACGCCUUCAAUGCCAGUAAUUUCAACAGAGCAAGACAAGUUUUACCGUGGACAGGAAGCGGUUAUUAAAUGCACCGGAAAUGUCGGUAUGCCUACACAAAAUAUGAAUAUGAAAGAAAAUUCGACCGAACUGCCAACACGCUUGUUGGAUUCAGAAGUAAUUUUCGACAAUAACACGUGUGCAAAUGUUCAGACUAUUACAUAUACAUUUACAGUUACAGAUGACAUGGAUGGCUUUUUGUACCAAUGUGAAACAAGCUAUGAUAACGGAUCAAAACGGUCAAAUGUUGAAACUGUUAAUGUGGCAGAUCCAAUAUUAUAUUUCUCUGAUGGAAGCAAGACGGCAAUUGUUGGAAGCAGCAAGGUUAUACAGUGUGUUCUUACUUCAACAAUGAACAUGACAGAUAUUGUUAUCAGUAAAUUUGACAGUGAAAUAUGUGCGGUCAGUAGCGCUAGUGUCGGAAUUUGUAAAGCAUCAAGGUUUUCAGCACAUGGCAAUUAUUCUAACGAUGGUACUAUGUUUACCAUGACGGUGACAUUGCAGAAUGUAGCCUGUGAACACGAAGGCCCUUAUGUAUGCGUAGCUGUUGGCAUUAAAACUCUCAAAACUUCUAUGGAAUUCCAAGUAAAAUCGAUAGCAACUAAACCGGAACUACGCCUACCAACGACGCUUGUGGAAGACCAGAAAGCGGAAUGGGAAGAUCAGCUCAACUGUACUGCCGAGUUAGGCUAUCCCGAAAAUGGUAGACGACUAGAGGUUCAAAUAAGAUCAAACGUCUUAAACUCUUUUGAAGAAUACGAAACAUCAAUAAGAGAACGUGGAGGCUGCAGGCAAAAUGCAUCUUUCUAUCUAAGGCAGGCAGUGUUUAGUAAAGAACACAACGGCUCGUUAAUUAGAUGCGCUAUUCUUGAUAAAGACGAUAAAGUAAUCGCAAGCAGCAGUGAGAGGGAAAUAAAGUUGUUAAAAAAUGUUUGUCUCGCUGAAGAUAAUAGAGAGUAUGAACUACAUCCGUUCAUCUGUCAGCGAUACGUCAGGUGUGUCGGAGAACGUUUAUACGACCAUGAAUGUGCUAAAGGAGCUUGUGCUUCACUUGAUGAUCCUACAAGGAUAUGUAGUGACCUUCAUUGCACUGGCUGUCGCUAGUAUUGUUACAGACAUGCACGGAACCUACGUUAUGUCGUGAAGUUGAAACAUUUCCAUUCUCAGUAAAUGUGCAAAAGUAUACCACACUAACUUUAUACUGUUUUUACACUUUGGUCUGAUAUAUAUUUAUAAGAAAAUAUCAGAAGCAUGCAUAUAUAUAUAUAUAUAU